AUGAGAGCGAACAGCAUGGAUGCGCGGGUCGCGAUUGAGAUGUAUGACGACCAGAUCAUGGAGGUUCCAGUCAAUGGGGCUUGGUGGAGCACACUCAGCCAGCAAGAGCAGCUCGUCUUCGCCGUCAAGUGUCAGGAGGCGUAUCGCAAGGCCAAGACGGAGGGCUCUGCAAACAAUGGAGUGAUGCAGCUCCCGAUUGCCUUCUGCGAUUGCCUCCCCCAGCCACCGGUGGCUGACGACGCUGCAGCAGGCGAGAACGACAAGGCCGAAGGCUCCAAGAAGAAGAAAAAGAAGAACAAACGCAAGGCGAAAGGCGAGAAGCAGGACGACGAGCCCAUGGCCGAGGGCGAGAAACAGAGCCGCAGCAGUGCCAGCGGCUUGAUGGAGAUGGUCCGGACCUUCUUCGCCGGCGUGGUGCUCCCAGGGGAGUGCCCGUCGCUGCCCCUUCCCACCUUAGAGUGCCCUGCAUUCCCCAUUCCCGGGAGCCCCGGCCCCUCCUUCUUCGCCCAGGUUGGAAUCUCCGGCGAGCGUCUUCGCCGACUUCGAAACGUCUGGAGCCCUGUUGCCUCUUUGAAGUCGGCUGGUUGGCAUGUUUGGAUGCUUUGGAUGCUGGACAGCAUUGGGGCCCGACUGCCAGUAGGCUUAGCGCCGACGCAUGCCUGCAGAGCACGACGUUCAGAUACUUGGUUCAUGUGGCUAGCUGGUAAUACCACGAAGCUAUCAUCUGUUGCCAUGGUUCGCGUCGUAUCACUGAGCGGGCGAGAGGUCGACGUCCGCUGGGGUCCCGAGGACACCUUGGGCGAUAUCGCCGAGAAAGCCAGAGUGGCACUCGGCACCUGCCGCGGACGGCUUCUCCUCGGCACCGACGUCCUCGACUUCGACAGCAAGAUGAAGGAUGUGGGGGAUGGAGUCCUGACGUUCCAGUCAAUUUUGCCCCGCACGCUGGCGAGUUUGAGGGCAUACACGAUCCUGUACGGCGACGGCACCGCGGAGGCGGUGGGGGACCCUGAUCUCGGUGGCCGAGGUGGCGCGCAGGGGGUGAAGGCGGUGCAGUGUCUCUUCGGCGCGGCCUGGAGUCUUCGGCACGGCUCGCGACGGCUUCGCGCCUCGCCUGGGCCCUGGUGCUCUCUUUGCUGCCUCUUCGAAGCCGGCUGGUUGGCAUGUUGUCGGCGUUUCGUAGCAUUUUGCUUGCAAGCAUCCAUAGCGGCCGUAGCUGUGGGCGAAGGGUUGCCGACCUGGAGGAUGAGCAGCGAAGCUCGGGCGCUGGCUGUGAAGCUUGCGCUUAGCCCAACGCACCGAAUGGGCGAACGAUGUGGAUUCAGGAUCUUUCCAGGAACCGCACAGAGCUGCUAUAGGCAGAUGUUGCGCUUGAUUCACCCUGACAAGUGCAGUGACCCGCGAGCCACCGAAGCCGUCAAGGAGCUGCAGAGCUUCGAGCCCUGCCUGAGCAACAGCGAUCCGGAGUCGCUUCGCCAGCAACCGAUGAGUGAUCUGGAGACUCUUCUGGAUCAAGCGAUACAGCCCGAGCUGAAGCAGUCCGGAGAGCCGGAGCCAUCACAGCCGGCCUCGCAACUGCAGCCGGCCGCAACCGGCUUCGUCCUUGAAGUGGGAGCUUUCGGAAGGGGCUCCUCUGCUCCUGCAGUGCCCGCGGUCCGCAAGGGCGUCCCGAAGCCGAAGGCCGCGUCGUCUGGGGCAAGUUUGGAUAGGUUCAUUAAGCAGAUGAAGGCUGUGAACGCUGCUGCCAAGGCUGCAGCGCCCAGCGUUGCAGUGCCGCCCAGCAAGCCGAAGGUUGCAGAGCCCAGCGAGCCGAAGGUUGCAUUCAGCGAGCCCGCGGUUGCAGAGUCCAGCGAGCCGGAGGUUGCACAGCCCAGCGAGCCCGCGGUUGCAGAGUCCAGCGAGCCUGAGGUUGCACAGCCCAGCGAGCCGGUUGCACAGCCCAGCGAGCCGGUUGCACACAGCGAGCCGGUUGCACACAGCGAGCCUGAGGUUGCACACAGCGAGCCGGUUGCAGAGCCCAGCGAGCCGGUUGCAGAGCCCAGCGAGCCGGUUGCACAAUACAGCGAGCCGGCGGAGGAGGCAUCAGCCGAGCCGGAGCCCUUCAUGAACGGGAAGCUGGGUGAGCCGCUCAAGGAGUACAGGGACCACGUGGUGGCGAAGCAAGACUUUGAGCACUACGGCCCGGACUGCCCGCUGGAGGAAGUCCGACGCUUCCGGGAGUGCCUCUAUCGCGACGAGAAGGACGCGGCGAACUUCAACCCCUACUGGGUCGUGCUGGAGUUCCCCACUCGCACUGGUGUGGGGCCGCUGCCAGAGUGGAACGGCGCGAUGGCCUUCUGUCUUCGCGAAGGCGAUCCCACGAACUUCAUGCUCGUGAGCAAGAACAAGGGCGUCGCGGUGCGGGCCGAGAACGUCUUCAAGGUGAAGAAGGACUGCCUGCCCCCGCUGUUCUCCGCGAUCCUCCAGGCCGGCUGGCAGCGGGGCAACAUCCGCAUCUUCGACAAGGGGGCCUACUACCAAGCCAAGGACCAGGACGCGGCGGAGUUUUCCCCACGGGCGGCGCUCCGAAGCCUGGAGCACCUCGACCCCGUCGGCUACAUGUCCCACAUGGCCAAGCUGGAGGACCGCUUCGGAGGCGACACGGCCCUGCGGACUCGCAAGCGCAAGGCCACGACCGAGGAUGAGUACAUCUACGUGCAGCGGGAGGCCCUCAACAAGCUCCGCAAGGCCGUUGAUGAGGAAAAGGAGGCCAAGGCGAUGCUGGCGAAGUCCACGCUUUCCAUCGCAGACUUCAACUACGAGACCUGCCAGUGCUGGUAUUGGGACGAGCCGAGUGGCUGCAAGAAGUCCGUGCCCUUGGACGAGGCCGUCGCCACCGCCAUCCAGACGAGGAGAACCAUAGUGCUUUACGGGCCUCCAGGUCGAGGCAAAUCGCCCUUCGCCAAGGCACUGGCCGGCUGGUACAUGCAGCACGUCCUGGGUGGCAAGAUCGACGAGAUGAUCUUCACCGGCACCGUGGACAGCCUCCGCAAGGCGUACCAGUUCAACCUGCUUCAGGGCGGGCGGCCCCUGGUUUUCGAUGAUCUCCUUGCCAACCGGCAAAACGUGGGGAGCCAAGGAGGAGGGCCGGACUUUGUGAAACAGCUCUUGGGCAUCUCCCGGGAUGAUCGAGCGACUCUCCAGAGUCGCUACGCAGAUAUGCAGAUCCCACAGGAUUGCCUGAGAAUCAUCACGGUUCAAGAUGUCGACAAGGUGCACCCGGGGCUCCAGGUCAUGCACAGCGCCACGGAAACCCACAUCCCCAAGGAGUUCUGCGGGGACUUGCAUGACAUGCCCAUCAAGGAGUAUUUCGACGUGGACCGCCGGGCAAUCCUCAAGAGGAUGGUCGCGAUCUUCGUCCCCGAUGGCAUCCUGAAAGGCGAGGUGCUGGGUGGCCGCGUCGAGUCUGAUCAGGAGAACAUCGCCAGGCUGCGGGAGCUCUGGAGUAAGACCGUCGGCUGA